AUGCUUCCUCUCAUCCAUCAUUUGCCACCAGGCAUCAAGCAACUGCCAAUGGAUUCAAGUGAGAAUAAUGAAACCUCUUCUUCUUCUCAUCUUGCUUUCCAAUUUCAAAAUAUUCCACAUGAUGGGUUUGAAAACAAUCCGAUUGGAAAAUUUAAAAAGUGGCUCUCGCAAUCGAAUGAUUUUAUCAAACAAUUAGAUAUUUCAAUGACAUCCUUGAGUGAUCAAGUCGAACUUUCAGCUCUUAAAUCUAAACUAUUUGUUGCAAAUAUGGCUGCCGAUUUUGUCACAGUGAAUGCAAACACUUUACAACCAAGCUCAAGAAAAAUUAUUUGUAAAGACAUUUCCGAGAGGGGUUUUACCUUCUUUACCAAUACAUUGACUUCAAAGAAAGGAAUGGAUAUUUCGACCAAUAAUAAGGUGGCCCUAAAUUUCAUGUUUACAUUGCCUGUCAUUCGACAAAUUCGCGUGGAGGGUAUAGCUCUGCCUGUUUCCAAAGAGGAAUUAGGAGAAUCUUAUACAAAUGAAGAACCUGAAUACAGAAUUAAUAUUCAUACGUGCCCACAAUCUCAACCAUCACCAGGGAGAGAUGAAAUGUGGAAGGAAUUUGAAGAAAUUCAUUCAAACAAGUCUGACUUGGAAUUGAAAUCAUCCAUUCCUGCAUAUUGGGGAGGAUACUUGAUUGUGCCUCAUCGUUUUGAAUUCUACCAAGAAGGCUUGUAUCGAAUGGCAGAUCGGGUCGAAUACGUUAAGGAAGAACAAUCCAACUCUUGGAAAGUAUCAACUCUAUAUCCUUAA